AUGAUUGUUUAACUUGUAAUAAUAUUGGUAAUAUUGAAAUUGUUGGAUCAACAUGUAGAUGUCCAUCAGGAUUAUUUUAUAAUGCAGUGUCUAAAUCAUGUUCUUAGUGCCAUUCAUCCUGUUAAACUUGUUUUCAAGGAACAGUUGAUAGUUGUUUAAGUUGUGAUACAUCUUUAAAUAGAAUAUUAAAAGGAUUAUAAUGUGUAUGUUCCCCUGGCUAUUAUGAAUUAAAUAGUAUUUGUACAAGUAUUUAGAUUAUUAUUAAUUUUAGAUUGCCCAGAUAUAGAAGAUAUUUUAUUAAGUACAUGUUAUAAAUUAUGNAAAUAUUUACAUAUUUUAAAUUAGUGAUAAUACAGCAGGAUGGGGAUUGUAAUCAGUUUCUUUUACACCAGGAUUUUGUCCAUACGGCUGUUAAUUGUGUGAAGUAUCAUUUAAAUGUAAGAUUUGUUAACCAGGAUACUAUUAUUAUAAAAAUAAUACAUGCAUCAGUUAGUGUUCAGAACGAUAUUAAAAAUUAAAUGGUUCUUAAUGUUUUGAUUUUGAUGAUGAAACACCUUGUAUCAACUUUAUAUAUAUAUAUAGACUCAUAAUAUUUAGCUUAUGACUUUCUAGAUGGAGCACACGAUCCUGAAUAAUACACACAAUAUACACUAAUCUCUUAAAAUGGGACAAAUUUCUUAAAAGGAUCAGAUACAUAUUUUUCAUAUUUCAAUCUUUAUAAAAAUUAAGGGCUAUAUAGAAUUUUUGGAGGACCUUUGAUAUGGGCUUAAGCUAAAUUUUAAAGAAUUCAUAAUAUAGAUUACCCACAUCAUGGGAUUACCAUUGCAUUUUUUACAUUUUGUGGACCAGCAUUUCCUUCAGAUGGUUUAUUCAUUUAUAUAAUUGAAAACAAUCCACCAGUUUCUAAAUCAAGAGAAAAUUUUACUUAAUCAAAUAUUUUUAGUGAGAUAAAAUAUGCAAGAGUAUAUGAAAGGAUAGAUCACAAUACAAGUACAUUAACAAUAAGUUGGGAAUGCUUUGGCCCAAAUAAUGAACCAAUUAAAGCUUAUUGUGGAUUUUAUAAUUAUUAUGUCGCUGUUCAUAAAUGCUAACCUUAUUGUUUAUAAUGCUCAAAUGAAACUACAUGUACAUAAUGGAGUAGUGAUUAUGAUGCAAAUAUUAUAAAAUUCUCACAAGAAGAGUGUUAAAUUAAUUAAUAUUAUGAUAUAGAUACUUAUAGGUGUUUGGAUUGUCCAAUAUCUUGUUUAACAUGUACAUCUAAAAUAGAUUGUUAAACAUGCUAAUCUACUUAUACAUAAACUAAAUUAGGAUGUGUUUGUAAAUUGAAUCAAUAUGAAGAUUCAAAUCAAUGUUUUGAUUGUCCAAUUGAAUGUAAUUAAUGUUUAAGUUCAAACAAUUGUAUAGAAUGUUUAGUUACAAAUAAUAGAAAAUUGUAAAAUCAAUAAUGUAUUUGUAUUGAUGGAUACUAUUCAAUUUUAGAGAAUCCUUAAUGUUAAAGAUGUCAUUAAUUUUGUAACACUUGUACUGGCCCUACUUCUGAUGAUUGUUUAACUUGUAAUAAUAUUGGUAAUAUUGAAAUUGUUGGAUCAACAUGUAGAUGUCCAUCAGGAUUAUUUUAUAAUGCAGUGUCUAAAUCAUGUUCUUAGUGCCAUUCAUCCUGUUAAACUUGUUUUCAAGGAACAGUUGAUAGUUGUUUAAGUUGUGAUACAUCUUUAAAUAGAAUAUUAAAAGGAUUAUAAUGUGUAUGUUCCCCUGGCUAUUAUGAAUUAAAUAGUAUUUGUACAAGUAUUUAGAUUAUUAUUAAUUUUAGAUUGCCCAGAUAUAGAAGAUAUUUUAUUAAGUACAUGUUAUAAAUUAUGCACUAAUAAUUAAUAAUUAUGGCAUACAAUUACUUGUAAUUCUUGUGAUGAAGGAUAUCAUUUAAUUUAUGGAGAAUGUUAACCUAUUUGUGGAGAUUUAUAAAUAUACGGAUAUGAAUAAUGUGAAGAUAAUAAUACUCUUUUAGAUGAUUUAUGCUUUAAUUGUUAAUUUUAAUGUCCAGCUCAUUGUCUAACUUGUGAUGAGUCAACUACUUUACCUUGUCCUGAUGUUUGUGGAGAUGGAAUGAUUACUGGAAUGGAAGAAUGUGAAGACGGAAACACUAUAUAAUAUGAUGGAUGCUUUGAUUGUAAAUUUUAAUGUUAACUUUAAUGUACAAAAUGCAUUAAAGGAUAAUGUUUUGAAUGUAAUACUGGUGGUUGGUAUGUUGAUCCGACAGUUUAACCUUGGAUAUGUAAAGAAAGAUGUGGAGAUUAAUUAAUAGUUGGAUAAGAAUAAUGUGAAGAUGGAAAUUAAGAUGAUACAGAUGGAUGCAAAAAUUGUAAAUAUUUCUGUAGAAUUGGAUGUUCUUCUUGCAAUUAUAAUACUAAUAAAUGUUUAAGUUGUGAAUUACCUGGAUUUUCUCCAGAAAAGUUUUAUUGCAAAAAUUAUUGUGGAGAUGGGUUUGUUGUAAAAGAUCCAUAUGGAUUCUAUUUUGAAGAAUGUGAUGAUGGAAAUAACACUAAUUCUGAUGGGUGCAAUAACUAAUGUCGAUUUUAGUGUUAGCCAACAUCAAUUUGCCUAAAUUGUGUAAAUAAUCGAUGCGAAUAAUGUGCUCCUCACUAUUUGCUCUCUGAUUCCAAAAUAUGUAUUCCAAUAUGUGGAGAUUAAAUAAUAGUACCUUAUGAACAAUGUGAAGUUCCAUUUAUAUUACCCUAUAAGGGUUGUUAGAAUUGCUAAGCAAAAUGUUAAUCCUCUUGCAUUACUUGUGAUAAUACUGGACUAGGUUGUAACGCUUGUAAGAAUGGUUACAAUAGAAUUGAUAAUUUAUGUUUUUCAAUUUGUGGAGAUAAAAUAGUUACAGAAGAUGAAGAAUGUGAUGAUGGGAACUUAAAUUUUGGUGAUGGUUGUCAUUAAUGUUCUUUUAGUUGUCCUAUUUUUUGUUCAGAUUGUCGCAAGGGUGUUNAUUAAUUUUGUAACACUUGUACUGGCCCUACUUCUGAUGAUUGUUUAACUUGUAAUAAUAUUGGUAAUAUUGAAAUUGUUGGAUCAACAUGUAGAUGUCCAUCAGGAUUAUUUUAUAAUGCAGUGUCUAAAUCAUGUUCUUAGUGCCAUUCAUCCUGUUAAACUUGUUUUCAAGGAACAGUUGAUAGUUGUUUAAGUUGUGAUACAUCUUUAAAUAGAAUAUUAAAAGGAUUAUAAUGUGUAUGUUCCCCUGGCUAUUAUGAAUUAAAUAGUAUUUGUACAAGUAUUUAGAUUAUUAUUAAUUUUAGAUUGCCCAGAUAUAGAAGAUAUUUUAUUAAGUACAUGUUAUAAAUUAUGCGCUAAUAAUUAAUAAUUAUGGCAUACAAUUACUUGUAAUUCUUGUGAUGAAGGAUAUCAUUUAAUUUAUGGAGAAUGUUAACCUAUUUGUGGAGAUUUAUAAAUAUACGGAUAUGAAUAAUGUGAAGAUAAUAAUACUCUUUUAGAUGAUUUAUGCUUUAAUUGUUAAUUUUAAUGUCCAGCUCAUUGUCUAACUUGUGAUGAGUCAACUACUUUACCUUGUCCUGAUGUUUGUGGAGAUGGAAUGAUUACUGGAAUGGAAGAAUGUGAAGACGGAAACACUAUAUAAUAUGAUGGAUGCUUUGAUUGUAAAUUUUAAUGUUAACUUUAAUGUACAAAAUGCAUUAAAGGAUAAUGUUUUGAAUGUAAUACUGGUGGUUGGUAUGUUGAUCCGACAGUUUAACCUUGGAUAUGUAAAGAAAGAUGUGGAGAUUAAUUAAUAGUUGGAUAAGAAUAAUGUGAAGAUGGAAAUUAAGAUGAUACAGAUGGAUGCAAAAAUUGUAAAUAUUUCUGUAGAAUUGGAUGUUCUUCUUGCAAUUAUAAUACUAAUAAAUGUUUAAGUUGUGAAUUACCUGGAUUUUCUCCAGAAAAGUUUUAUUGCAAAAAUUAUUGUGGAGAUGGGUUUGUUGUAAAAGAUCCAUAUAGUAUCUAUUUUGAAGAAUGUGAUGAUGGAAAUAAAACUGAAUAUGAUGGAUGCAAUAACUUUUGUUGAUUUUAGUGUUAGCCAACAUCAAUUUGCCUAAAUUGUGUAAAUAAUCGAUGCGAAUAAUGUGCUCCUCACUAUUUGCUCUCUGAUUCCAAAAUAUGUAUUCCAAUAUGUGGAGAUUAAAUAAUAGUACCUUAUGAACAAUGUGAAGUUCCAUUUAUAUUACCCUAUAAGGGUUGUUAGAAUUGCUAAGCAAAAUGUUAAUCCUCUUGCAUUACUUGUGAUAAUACUGGACUAGGUUGUAACGCUUGUAAGAAUGGUUACAAUAGAAUUGAUAAUUUAUGUUUUUCAAUUUGUGGAGAUAAAAUAGUUACAGAAGAUGAAGAAUGUGAUGAUGGGAACUUAAAUUUUGGUGAUGGUUGUCAUUAAUGUUCUUUUAGUUGUCCUAUUUUUUGUUCAGAUUGUCGCAAGGGUGUUUGUUAUGAUUGUCAUGAAGGUUAUUAUUUACUUAAGUAUUCCUGCUUUAAAAUUUAUGAUUACUAUCCUGAUCCAAGAUGUAAUUCUUAAUGUUUGAGCUGUAGUAUCGGAGGACAUGGUUGUUCAGUAUGUUAAAGUGGAUUUUAAAAUAUUAAUGGUACUUGUACACCUAUUUGUGGAGAUAAAUUAGUUGUUGCAGAUGAAUAAUGUGAUGAUGGUAAUAUAAUAUUUGAGGAUGGAUGUCAUGUAUGUUCAAAACCUUGUUCUUGUUCGUAUUGCUUUGAGGGUAGCUGUUUUAGUUGCCCAGAUAAUCAUUUCUUAUUUAAGCAUAAAUGUUUUAACCUAGAGUAGUAUGCUAAUUUUAAGGAAACUACUAAUUUUUAAUUCUCAGACUUAAGCAUUAUUUAAACAUUCAAAAUUAAAUCUGCUUAAACUAGUAGAAUUCACCUAAAAAUUGACCAAUUUGAAAAAUAAGUUUAUAAUCAAGUUGGUCAAUAUAUAGAAAUCAUGGAUAAAGAUUAUUCAUAUAUAAAUAUUUAAAUCAUUUUCCAAUGCUCUUAGAAUAAGAAAGUUUAAAGUUAAUUUAGUAUAUCGAAUUAUGAGAAUGGAUCUAAUAAUUAAGAAAAUAUAUGGUUAAAUCAAUGCCACUAAACAGUUGAUCAUACAAUAACAUAUUCUUUUAGGUUAUAAAAAGUAGUUUUGA